GUUUUUCAAAUCAGUGCAUGUGCGCGAAAUCGGCUUUGUUUAUUAUCAUUUUAUUUGAUGUACAUCCGACUGAUCAUGUGCCUGACAUUUCCGGAUGAUUCUUGAAGAGUCUCUUUCGUCCAAAGUAUGUGUUUUGGCUAAGUACAUCAAACUUUACAAUCUACUCGUUACCUUGUCACAGACCGAUGAAGACAAAGCUGCCAACAUUGAAUUAAAACUCGAUUUUGAAACACCGAAGGAAAAAUUUACUUUUAAGGAGUGUCCAGGAAGUACCAUAUACGGAAAGCCUGCCUUUUGAAACUGAGCUGCUGAAACUAAAAUGGACAACCAAGUUGGUGUUUCAGACAUGGUUCUCUUAGAUCCUCUUACUGAAGAUGCAUUGGUUGAGAACCUAAAGAUACGAUUUAAAGAAAAUAAGAUAUAUACUUAUAUUGGAGAUGUGGUGGUUUCAAUCAACCCAUACAAGGGUAUUCCUAUAUAUGGAACAAAAUACAUUGAGGACUACAGGUCAAGGAACAUGUAUGAAAUGCCACCACAUGUAUUUUCACUGGCAGAUGAUGCAUAUCGAUCCAUGCGAGAUUACCAUGUUGACCAGUGUAUUAUCAUCUCAGGUGAAAGUGGAUCGGGAAAAACAGAGGCAUCCAAGAUCGUGAUGAGGUACGUCGCAGCAGUGUCUGGCAAAGGAGAAGACGUCAACCGAUUGAAAGAACAACUACUGCAGUCGAACCCAGUUCUCGAGGCCUUUGGAAAUGCAAAAACCAUCAGAAAUGACAACUCAUCUCGUUUUGGGAAAUAUAUGGACUUGGAGUUUGAUUACAAAGGAGACCCCAUUGGUGGAUUUAUAUCAAACUACCUUCUUGAAAAGUCACGUGUUGUUCAUCAGACGCAAGGAGAAAGAAAUUUCCACAUAUUCUACGAAUUGCUACUUGGUGCACCUGAUAUCGUAAUGGAAACACUAGGCCUGAAGCGAAAGUUUGAUGAUUAUUCGUAUCUAAACCAAAGUAAUUGCACAAGUGUUCCGUCAAUUAACGAUGCGGAAAAUUUCAAAAUAGUGGAAAGCGCAAUGAAAUUGAUUGGGUUCUCGACUGACGAAAUAGCAGGAUUAUACACGCUUCUCGGUGGAAUUCUCCAUCUUGGCAAUGUCUUGUUCAGAGAUGUUUUUGUUGACGGGGUUGAUACUGUCGAUGUUCUCAACGAGAAUGAUGCUGAACAAGCUGCCAAUUUAUUUGGUUGUGCACCAAAACUUCUCAUGGAUACUUUGUGCACUCGUUCUGUGGAGUCAGGCAAAGAAAAAGUUGUAACAAGACUUAGUCCUGCAAAUGCCAACUAUGGACGUGAUGCUUUAUGCAAAGCAAUUUACAAUCGCCUUUUCGACUGGAUUGUUGCAAAGAUAAACAACAGUGUGCAGGCACCCAAAAGAGCAUUUGACAAGAAAGUGAUUGGUGUUUUGGAUAUCUAUGGAUUUGAAGUCUUCAAGUCAAAUGCAUUCGAACAGUUUAUCAUCAAUUACUGUAACGAGAAGCUGCAGCAACUUUUCAUCGAACUUACACUGAAAUCAGAGCAAGAGGAAUACGUGAGAGAAGGAGUCGAGUGGAUUCAUAUCGACUACUUCAAUAAUGCCAUCAUUUGUGACCUCAUUGAAAAGCAAAACACUGGAAUUCUUGCGCUACUCGAUGAGGAAUGUCUAAGACCUGGAGAUGUUACUGACAAAACAUUUUUGGAGAAGCUGAAUAAUCGAUGCAUCAACCACGCCCAUUUUGACAGCAGAGUGAAAAGCCGAUCUGACACCUCAAUAGACCAUGACUGUUUCAAGUUAAAACACUAUGCAGGAGAUGUCACUUAUGACGUCAAUAACUUCAUCGAUAAAAACAAUGACCCUCUCUAUCGAGACAUGUCUGUAGCUAUGUACAAUUGCAGUCAUCUUCUUCUCAAAGAUAUGUUCCCAGAAGGGAACCCAAGCUACAAAAACAAGAAGAGACCCCCUACAGUAGGAACCCAGAUGAAGGUCUCGGUUGCAGAGCUGGUAAAGAAUAUGAGUUCAAAGCAACCACACUACAUCAGAUGUAUAAAACCCAAUGACACAAAAUCAGCUGUUCAAUUUACUGAACAAAUUGUUCGUCAUGAAUCCAGAUAUCUUGGUCUUCUAGAAAACAUCAGGGUGAGAAGAGCAGGAUAUUGCUUCAGGCAAAGAUACGAGCUGUUUCUUGAAAGGUAUAAAAUGUUGUCAGACGCAACAUGGCCUAAUUGGAAAAACGGUCCGGCUAAAGACGGUGUCAAGAACAUACUUGACGCGUUCAACAUCAGAUCGCCAGACUGCGAGUAUGGGAAAUCUAAAUUGUUCAUCAGGGACCCUCGCACGGUGUUUUUGCUUGAAGAUCAGAGGAAGCGAAGGAUCGUCGACCUUGUUGUUCUGCUACAGAAGACGGUUAGAGGCUGGGUUGCCAGGCACAAGUUUCAAAAGAUGAAAGCAAGUGAAAUCAAAAUCGCAAGCUUUUACAAGAUGCAUCGUGAGCGAAAGAAGUACAUUCACUUCAAGACAUCAGUGAUCUUUAUUCAAGCUGUUCUCAGAGGAUACAAAGCACGAAAGGCCAAUGCCAAGUUUCUCAAGAAGCAUGCAGGUCCGAAGAUAAUAAAAUACAUAAGGAAGUGUCUGGCAGUGAAAUUCUUGAUAAAUAUCUACAACAACCAACCAUCAGCCUCACCUUUGGAUACUAGCUGGCCUAACUGCUUGAAAAUGUUCACUGAUGCUUCUGAUCUACUGUACAAAGUUCACCAUGCAUGGAGGUGCCAUCAAUACCGAGAGAAAAUUGACCCUGAGAGGAAAAGAAUCUUGAGUGAAAAGUCACAAGCAAGAGACAUAUUUGGCGGAAAGAAAGAGACCUAUGCUGAAAGUGUACCCAUUCCGUUUGAAGGAGAUCAUCUAAAGAUCAGUGAUAGUGCUGCUUGGGCCAAGCAGAAAACGAAGCUGAGUAAUGACUUGAAGGUUGUUUUCACCGACAAUAUAUUAAAAACACACCGGAAAAAUGGAAAGGAGGUGCCAAAGACAUUACUACUGAGCUGCUGUGAGCUAUUGAUCUUGGAACCGAAAUCAUUGCAGCCAGUCUACACUGUUGGCUUGACAGAUAUUGUGAAAGUAACGACUACUCCACUUGCUGAUGGCUUUGUAAUAAUUCACGUCAAACAGGGCCAAGAUGUGAAAUCGUUGAAGAAGGGGGACUUUAUGCUUCGAUGCGAUCAUGUGAUUGAGUUAGUCGCCAAAACAGCACUUGCCUACAAAAAGCAAUUUAAAAGAGAACUGAAGGUUGACAUUGCAGAAAGUUUCAGUGUAAGCUUCAAUGGAAGGCCAGUGACAGCAGAGUUGAUAAACGGGAAGCUAUCUGUCAAGAAACAUUAGAAUCAGAACAAAACACAAUGUAGCCACAGAAAAGACGUAUAUAUUAUCCAGAAGAAUUAAGCAUACAAUAGAGAAACGAUAAUUGUAGAGUAGAUGCGGAUUUUCAUACAUUUACACAUACGCAUAGUUCAGAUGGAUCAAAAUUGACAUGUUGAGCAAGAAAAGUUGUUUGGAAUACGGAGAUAUCUUCCAAGGCACUAGGUUUUAAAAUAAUUUCUGUAUCAAAACCAGGUUUUAAUUAAAUUAAACGAACGCUAAUUUAAAGAUAUGUGGUAGAUUUUCUAUCGUCACUACAGUCUUUGAAACUUUUAGUAUAUAUCGCCUUAAAUUUGAACGAAAUGGUAACUGAGGUGCCGACUGACCACUUGUCGAAUGGCUCUCCAAUACAUCUCGCAAGUAUUUCAUGACUACCAUUUUCCUUUGAGUGCGUGUCGUUGCUCCCUCCCUACAAGCUGAAGUAUACAAAUCAAUUUAUGAUCCCGUUUUCUUUUAUCAAUCAAAUUUCAGUUUUACACUGGCUGAACGUAAUGCGCACUAAAAUUUGCAAAGAAUGACCCGCUUGACCAUGUUAAGGCUCGCGUACCCUGGUUUAUUAUUUACUUUCAGAGUUUUGGAAAGAUUAAGGUGUUCAUUUCAAAUAUUUUGUAAGAUUGCUAUGAAUUUCUUUGUUUUUCGUUAUAUUUUCUGUUAGAAUCUUUUUAGCGUUCUUUUAUUGUUAGAGAAUUCGAUAUAUUUUUGUUAAGAUUGCGGUAUGUAUUUAAAUCGUUUUAACCAAUUUGAUGAAGUUCUCAGAUCAGUAUGUCUUUGUAAUAGAUAUAAAAUUGUCAAUGUCAAAUUUCUGUUGGUUUACA